CGUUGCCAGCGUUGCUAGAUGUUGCAGGUAUUUCAGUAGUGCUCGUUAUUCAGGUUAUGUUCCACAGGAUUCAUUGUACACAAUAGUAUCAUUUUCUUUGAAAAAGUGCAAUACUGUCUUUAAUUUAAUUAUAUUUUACGUGUGUGUAUAUAAAGUUAAUUUUCACAAUGUCUUCGUGGAAGAAAGCUGCGAAAUCCACUCAGAAGACUCAUCAUGAAAGACAUCAACCCGAGUCUCGUAAGCAUUUGGGUAUUUUGGAAAAGAAGAAAGACUACAAAGCGAGAGCUAGGGAUUACCAAGUAAAACAGCGGACGUUGAAACUUUUGCGUAAACGUGCCCUGAACAAGAAUCCAGAUGAGUUUUAUUAUCAUAUGAUCAAUUCUAAAAUUCACGAUGGUGUGCACAAAGAGAAAAGGAAGCGGAAGAAUUAUACACCGGAACAGAUACAGUUGAUGGAGACCCAAGAUCUUAAGUACAUUGCUUAUAAGAGAAACAUCGAAGCAAAGAAGGUAGACAAGCUUCAAAGUCAAUUGCACAUGAUAGAUGUUGCCAACGAGACUGAAAACCAACACAUCUUCUUUGUCGACGAUGCGGAGGAAGCGAAGAACUUUGAUGUUGUCAAGAAAUUGGACACGCAUCCAGCAUUGUUAUCCAGGCGCACGAACAGGCCAAGAUUAAGUAAACUAAACGAUUUGAAAUUGCCAGAUUUGGACAGGAAGACCUUGAAGAAGAUUGAGCGGAAGAAGGAGAGCGCUUACAAGGAAUUGCAGAAGAGAAUAGACAGGGAAAGGGAGCUGACGAUUGUGCAACAAAAAUUGGAGAUGCAGAGAGCACUGAAAGACAAAAAGGUCACCAAGCCAAAAUUAGUGAGCAAGGAGACGAAGAAUUCAGCUCCCAUCUACAAAUGGACAUACGAGAGGAAACGAUAAUCAAAAAUACAAUUUUAAUAAAUCUUGUUUUGAUAAAAAAUA